GUUGUGGUCCAAUCCACAGCGGAAUCCCUCUCACUGGAGUUCAGAGUCGGCACGCACCAAUCAUCGUCAUCUUCCUAGUCCACGCAACAGCCCACCGCUCCCUCUCUCUCACGAACGUUCCUGCGCUGCGCUCGCGAUGCUCGGCCAUCGGAGCGACGAUUCUUCGGGCCAAGUAGUCAUCGCGUCUCCAGCUCUCGUCCUUCUCCCUCCGCUCCUCGCGAACCGGCAGGUCUGUAGAUGGUCGAUGCUGUGAUUCCGUGGUUUUGAUGUGAAAUUCCGUGAUAUUUUUGGCUCGUCGGCAAUGAACUUCGAGUUCCUCAACCGUACGCCGUGGUUCGGCAGGGCCCAUCCAGAUAACGAUUUGGGGUCAUCCUUUGGAUCUUCCACAGUCUUGAUGGAGCAACCUAAACGAAAGGAUGGUUUCAAUCUCAAGCUGUGGGGAUGGUCCAUCCUUUCCGUUGUUCCAUGGGCUCUCAGUUCCAGGGAUAGAACAGGAAUGCCUCCCACUGUGAAUAGGCAGUUGAAAAGGCGUGCUCAAUCUGGUGGGAUAGCUCAAAACAGCAGUAAGGUCAUGGCUGUCCGCUUCCGGCCGUAUGUUUCUAAAGUUCCAUGGCAUACAGGGCCGAGAGCAUUGCUCUCUCAACUAUUCCCAAGAUAUGGGCAUUAUUGUGGCCCAAAUUGGUCGAGUGGAAAGGAUAGUGGGUCUCCCCUAUGGGACCAGAGGCCGAUUGAUUGGUUGGAUUAUUGCUGCUACUGCCAUGACAUGGGUUAUGACACCCAUGAUCAGGCGAAGCUUUUGGAGGCCGAUUUAGCAUUUCUCGAGUGCUUGGAAAAGCCACACUACAGAACAGAAGGAAAUGCCCAUGUUGCGCAUUUAUAUAAGACAAUGUGCACCACAGGUCUCAAGAACUUUUUAAUUCCGUACAGAGCACAUCUUGUGAAGCUAAAGUCUAGGCAACCUUUAAUUGAUUUUGGUUGGCUAAGCAACAUGAGAUGGAGAAGUGGGAAUAUUCAGAAAAACUGAAAUGAGUAAGUUUUGUGGCCUGACAAGCGGGAUUUGUAUGGUAUUACUUAGUUGACUAGCUAGGUAAUUCAGCCCUGGAUCUUAGAUGGUAUGGUUCUGUAGUUUGUCUUUCGUAUUUGUACUGAAGCUUCUCUGAGCCACACCUUAUAUAUUCUAUAGAUCACAAGUGGCUAUUUAAACAUGUAUUAUUUACUUUUCCACUAUUUUAAUGUCGUGCUCUUUGUACAUAAACAUCAUUCGUGCCACUGCCCCUCUGUUGCCAAAUUCUUGAAUCUGAACACAACCGGUUGAGCUUAUGCAUUAAGGAUGAGAUGUAGCAUUUUAGUCAAA